UCCUAGUACAGUACUUUACCUACCAUACGUCUAGUUUCGACAGGAAGCCUUCGGCCCCUGAAAAUGGGAAAAACUCCCAACACCACUUUUAUCUCACUUUAGUUUGCUGGAACUGAUUCGUCGGUCGAAUUACAAAAAAAAGAUGCCUGAUACUAGUGACGAACCAUGGACCCCAGUCGAAUGGGCCAUUAACGGUGCCAAGGUACGAACAACAAAGGCGUGCGCUAGAACACACGACAAAGAAAACGACGACGACGAAUGUAUUCGAGGAGGGUGCAUCCAGCUUUGUUGAUGCGGUAAAGCGCAUCGCGGCAACGAACAUCGGUCCCGCCAGAUGCAAGGUAUCGAUGCAACGCGACAAUUCAAAUUUGGCGCUCAUCGGUGUUGGUUAUGGCAAGAACCCUUACACCUGAAAUUUUGUCGGACGCUGAGCAAUGAACCAGUCCCAGUAAAUCUGUUCUCACAACUGUUCACGCCAUUCUUUUGCGCACUCUCGCCUUUUCGCAGAUGACAUUCGCUCUGUCCCCACUUUUGCUUCUUGGGUACAUUUUGUUCAGUGCCUUCGAAUCGGAAGAGUUGGAAAACAAGAAGAGAAACAAGAAAUCCGAUUUUAGUAUGGCGGGACAUGCUGAGUAAGAGAAACGGUACAGGUACGGUUACCUCUUUCUUCCUCGUGUCGAUGAAUGUAUUGUGAGCGCAUUUUUUAAAUGCAUCAAAACGCGGGUUGGAAUAGGCUGUUUCAGAAUCAUAUGUUUUGUUUCAUCAAUACCUUGUAAGGAGAAAUUGGCAUUACAGAAACCAUGCAGAACUUUUCGUUAGACUUUUCGACGACAUGUAAUGAUAAGACCUGUCAUAGAUAUGGGGUUUGUUCUUUACGUUUCCGACCGAUUUAUUAGCACUUUCUUCCACGUUCUACUCGAAUAUAUGGAUUAUUGUGUUUCACAAACAACGUUAUUAGACUACCAUUAUGUUCCGCAUUAUUUCCUUUGUGUCGGUUUCAAUCACAUUUCGAGACUUUAAAAUAUCUUCUGCAAUUUUAACUCACCAGAUCAGCUAUGCGAGAUUCGUCUCGCAAAAUUCAGAUCAAAUGCCCAUCGUCCGAAAUGAGCCAGUCAAAACCAAGAAAUACUGUAUCUGGUUUUCAAAGAUGCGUCAAGGGUGCACGAAUGCUUUCUUACACAUCACUUUCCAAUUCCUGAAAAUUCCCACUUGUCAAUCGAUGUCUAGUUGCUUGUAACAGAGUCUCCGAGGCAACCGCGUUCGGGUAAAUCCGACGGUCGCGAAAGAGGGACAACUACAAUUUCUAUUAGUUAGUAAUAGAUGUUAAUAAACCUAAAAUAGAGAAAGAAACGUUUCAUAAGUUAUCGAAAAAACUUUUUCCAGAACUUCGUCUCUCAUGAUGUGAAAUAAAACUCAGAAUCUAGUUCUAUCUAUUCGUUUUGGAACUUUUUUUGAUGUUGAAUUACUCGUGCCAUCAAAAGCCUCGUUAAAGAUUAGUUCAUUUCACCCCCAAAACAACAGAAAGGCGUUCGUCCAUUUUGUGUGUAAAUGAGGGACCGUUUUGUAGAUGCCUAGUCCACAGUACCGCGUCCACUAACGCGAUUUUAUAUUCAAACGAAAAUCUAUUUGAAAAGACCAGGGUAGCUCUUCUUGUAACCUUCGAAGUUAGGGGCGUUAAGAUCCAAUCGAGUGACAGGACUCUUACGCUCAAGCGUGAGUCGCUUGAUAGGAGGGAAGUUGGAGUUAUUUUGGUUGCGGGCGUUUUGGUAUCGUGCAAAGCGCUCAUUGACAACGUCUGCCUUUGGCUUUCCGACUUCCCAGACUUCGGUGGGUGUGCUGACGUUGUCCUGGUCCAUGGCUCCGGCAACGCCAGGAGCGACGGCAGCUCCAAAGAGAGCAGCUCCGGCAACGGAAAAGAAGGCCUUGCGGGAUUGUUCGGCCUCGGCGUUCAAUGAAACAACGCUGGUCUUGGGAGACGAGGUGGGGGCAAAAGCCGAAGCAGUUGCAAGAGUAGUAAGGGCAACAAUGGCAGAGAACUUCAUUUUGUCGAUGAUUUCUUGAGAAAUUAAAAUAAGAAACGAAAACAGAACAAACAACUACCGUUAGAAUCAGAAAAUGAAUAGAUUGACAUAGUCAUU